UUCAAACGUAAUCAUGAAGAUGCCUACCAGAAUUGCUUUAUCUCUUUUUAUCUUCAUUAUUCUUUCUGAAAGAAAUUUGUUGGCCAAGGCACAAAACACGUCGACAAUCCCAGUUAAUCUGGGUGUCAUUCUUAAUUUCGAUACAUGGAAUGGGAAGAUGGGGUUCAGUUGCAUCAACAUGGCCCUUUCAGACUUCUAUGCCUCUAAUCCUCAAUACAAAACUAGGCUGGUUCUUAACUCCAGGGACUCCUAAAGUGAUGUUGUUGGAGCUGCUGCUGCAGCUCUAGACCUGAUUAAAAACAUGGAAGUGCAAGCAAUCAUAGGUCCACAAAACUCUAUGCAAGCCAACUUUAUGAUUGAUCUCGGUGAGAAAGCUCAGGUGCCCAUUGUAUCAUUCUCAGCAACAAGUCCUUCUCUUACUUCCCUUCGGAGUCCAUACUUUUUUCGAGUAGCUCAAAAUGAUUCAUCUCAAGUGAAAGCUAUAAGUGCAAUUGUUCAAGCCUUUGGAUGGAGAGAGGCAGUGCCAAUCUAUGUAGACAAUUCAUUCGGGGAAGGUAUAAUACCCUACUUGGUUGAUGCCUUGCAAAAUGUUGAUGCCCGUGUACCCUAUCGGAGUAUCAUUUCUCCAUCAGCCACAGAUGACCAAAUUGGUGAAGAACUUUACAAGUUGAUGACAAUGCAAACUAGAGUCUUCAUAGUGCACAUGUCAACCAAUAUGGGUUCUCGGCUUUUCAACAAAGCAAAAGAGAUUGGGAUGAUGAGUGAAGGUUAUAUUUGGAUAACAUCCAAUGGGAUAACCAACUCUCUAAGUUCGUUAGAACGAUCAGUCCUUAACUCAAUGCAAGGGGUGUUGGGUGUAAAAACUUAUGUUUCAGAAACAAAAGAACUUGAAAAUUUUAGAGUUCGAUGGAAAAGCAAAUUCCAACAGGACAAUCCAACCAUUUUGAAUGCUAAAUUGAAUGUGUUAGGACUAUGGGCUUAUGAUACUGCUUCAGCACUAGCCAGGGCAGUUGAGAAGGUUGGGACUACAAAUUUUUACAUUGAACAAACAACUGCUUCAAGAAACUUAAAUGAUCUUGAAGCCAUUGGAGUCUCUCAAAAUGGUCCAAAACUUCGUGAAGCAUUAUUUGGUACUAGAUUUACAGGCAUAGCUGGAGAUUUCAGUCUUGUUAAUGGACAAUUACAAUCAUCAACUUUCAAAAUAAUCAAUGUGAAUGGUAAUGGAGAGAGAGGGAUUGCAUUUUGGACCCCAGAAAAUGGACUCAUAAGGGAAUUGAAUUCAAGAAACACAAGCACAUAUUCUACCUCCCAGAAAAAUCUAGGACCUAUUAUAUGGCCAGGCGAUUCAAGUUCCGUCCCAAAAGGUUGGGAGGUUCCAACAAAUGGGAAAAAGUUGAGAAUAGGAGUUCCAGUGAAGAAUGGUUUUAGUGAAUUUGUUAAGGUGACACAUGAUGCUAACAAUAACAGAACACAGGUCACAGGGUACAGCAUAGACGUCUUCAAUGCUGUCAUGGAAACAUUACCAUAUGCUGUUAACUAUGAGUUCAUUCCGUUUGCAAAUUCAAGUGGUGGAAGUGCUGGUAGUUAUAAUGAUUUGGUCUACCAAGUAUACCUUGGGAAAUUCGAUGCUGUGGGAGGAGAUCCAACAAUCACAGCAAACAGGUCUAACUUUGUCGACUUUACAUUGCCAUACACUGAAUCCGGAGUAUCAUUAGUAGUGCCAAUCAGGGACAAUGGGAGUAAAAAUGCAUGGAUUUUCUUGAAGCCUUUAAGCUGGGACCUUUGGAUAACAAGUGGGUGUUUCUUUGUCUUCAUUGGCUUUAUAGUUUGGGUUCUUGAGCACCGAAUAAAUGAAGAUUUCCGUGGGCCUCCCUCACAUCAAAUUGGAACAAGCUUAUGGUACUCCUUCUCAACCCUGGUUUUUGCACAACGGGAGAGAGUGGUAAGCAACUUGGCAAGGUUUGUGGUGAUCAUAUGGGUUUUCGUGGUGCUCAUACUCACUCAAAGUUACACUGCAAGUUUGACAUCACUCUUAACAGUUCAACAAUUGCAACCAACUGUUACUGAUAUCAACCAACUUAUUAAGAAUGGGGAGCAUGUUGGCUACCAAGGAGGAUCUUUUGUUUUGGGAAUCUUAAAAGAAAUGAAGUUUGAUGAAAAUAAACUUAUAAUAUAUGAUACUCCAGAAGAAUGUGAUCAAUUGUUGUCAAAAGGAAGUGCUAAUGGUGGUAUAGCCGGUGCUAUUAUUGAAACUCCUUACAUGAAGCUUUUUCUAGGACAAUAUUGCUCCAAGUAUACCAUGGUUGAAUCAAUUUAUAAAACUGAUGGGUUUGGCUUUGUCUUCCCAAUAGGUUCCCCCUUAGUAUCUGAUGUGUCAAGGGCAAUCUUAAAUGUAACAGAAGGAAAGAAAAUGAAAGAGAUUGAGAAUGCAUGGCUAGGGAAUCAAAACAAUUGUACAAACUCCAACAACCAAGUUUCUUCUGCGAGUCUUAGCCUUGCUAGCUUUUGGGGCCUAUUUCUCAUUGCCGGGGUUGCUUCCUUACUGUCUCUCAUCAUCUCCAUAUCUAUGUUCCUUUACAAGGAAAGACAACAAAUCUUGAUCCACUUUCAUUCAGAAGGCUCAAUAUUGAGAAGAAUUCAUCACACCUUAGGAAUCUUUGACGAAAAAGACCUCAAAUCCCAUACUUUUAGAAACAUGGCACUGCAAGACGUAACUGGCAUUGAUAGUGUUCAAGUUAUAGGUGCAAGUGAAGCCUCACCAAACAGUAAGUACACACCAAGUCCAUCAAGCUAUUCAACCCACACUGAACCCCCCUGUGAUUGCUUGGGAGCUUUUGGAACGCCUCCUAGAGAGUAUGGCGCUCUUAGUCCAAACGGUCAAGCAUCUCAAAUAGCACCAGUUAUCGAGCUAAUUAGCUACCCAAAUCAAGAGGGAAUAACAACCAUAGAAAUAGCUCAUGAAAAUUGUUAAUAUGCAUUUUAUGUCUUAUUUGACUGUAACACAGUAACUCGUAGCAUACACUCAAUUAAAGGUAGUAUAGAGGUAGAAAACUGAAGGCAUCCAUAUGUAAAUUUGCUAAGCUUAAGCUUGUUCACAAGCCUUGUU